UUUGCAACUCAGAAACAACAUGUCUAAAAUCUAAAUCAAAUUUAAAGCUGAAGUGACAAUGGAACCAUGUUGCUGAAAUCGCUUGUCGCUCUGUGCAUCGCACACGUUGUAUACACACAGUGUCACACGAAGGUGUACGAGGAACCUGGAAAUGUAAUGUUUGCUGUGAUGUUAAGUGUGCGGCGAAGCACUGGCUUUGGGGAAUGUGGAGAGGUGUCACUUGCUACUUUGCAACACGUCCUAGCCGUGAAGUAUGCCGUUCUCAAGCUCAACACGGUAGACAGCAGUGGGAAGAAGUACAUCCCAGGUGUUAAUUUCGGUUUCACAGUCUUCAAUGAUUGUGGCGACCCAUAUUACGCCAGUCAACACGCAUAUAAUAUUCUAGGCCGAACUUCAAAACAUAACAUCAGUGACUGUCCGGAAGCACCGGCCUUUACAGCAGGUGUGAUAGGACCGAGUAGAAGUUCCACUACAGCUGCUGUAGCCGAAAUUCUGAACCGUUCUGGUCUGCCAAUUAUCACUCUGGCCACGUUACCUGCCUUCAGUAACGCCACCUUGUAUCCCAAUGUGCUACGGACAGUGACAUCAGACCUACAUCAGACCAAGGCUAUCAUUAACUUGAUGAAGGAGCUAGGAUGGACACGGUUUUCAUUGAUUUACUCCAGUGAUAACUACGGGGAGUCAGGAGCUGCGGAAUUACUGCACCUAGCCUAUCAGGAAAAGAUAUGUGCUAAUUUUACAAUUUCAUUGAACAACCUACAUUUCAACCCUGUGCAAGACCUGUUCGGAGAACUAAAAAAAUCUGCCGACAGUGGGAGUGUGGGUGUGGUGUAUAUGGGUCAAAGGGAAGCUGCACAAUUCAUUUUGAAGGAGGCGCAUCAUCACGAAGGCCGCUAUCCAUUUCUGGCGUCCCUGCUCUGGAUAAUGUCAGACAGCGUAGGUACUAAUAUGGAGGCCGUCACUGUAGGCGAAAGCUUGUCUGAUGGAAUCUUGACAAUGUCGUCAGAAAAUACACCUAUACAAGAGUUCAUAGAGUUUGCGAGAAACCAGCUACUGGGAAGAAAUUCCUCUGUUCCGUGGGUCAAAUCCUACACAGACAGAUACUGCAGUAAGCAAGAUUCUUGCAAAAGCUUUCACCAACAAGACUACGUUGGCGCCACUCUUGAUGCAGUGUAUGUUUUGGGAGCAGCUGUGAAGAAGGCUCAUCACAAACGUUGUGGAACCAUGGCUGGCGUGUGUGACAAACUUCACACUGGCAACCCUGUCCUGGACGAAGUGAAGGGGAUUUCCUUCAGUUAUUCCUCCACGAACCGCAUUCGUUAUCCUCCCGAGUUCUCUCAGCGGCGCGUACGAUUUGAUGCCAAAGGAGACAUUAUCCACCCUGACGAAAGUCAUCUAUACAACAUCAACCUGUUUUGGAAGGGUUCUUUUCAUCACGUGGGCUCUUACUCAAAAACCAGCAUGGAACUAUCUCGUAACGAAAUACACCAGAAGGGCCACGGGGGUAUCGAGGUCUCCUUUCCUAACCUCAUGAAGUCAACCUGCUUGACGGUCUGCAAAGAAUGUCACAAGAUCCAGCAUUUUAUAUAUGUUCCCGGGGACUAUCUCAUCGUUGCUUUCUUCUCAAUCCACGAAUCUUCCAAAACCGAUCCAUUCGGUUGUGGCGCCAUACGAACAACCACAAAUACAAUACCGUCUGUAGAAGCAUUUCUGUACAUGUUCAAAGAAAAGGCAAAAAUGAAUGUCCAUCCAAGGAUGUCCUUGGGUGUGGUUAUAUUUGAUGAAUGUUACAAUCCGCUGAAGAGCAAUAGUAUCAUAUCGGAUUUUCUCUCUGGAAACGUCGAACUGGUGGAUGAAGUCACGGGAGAGAUGAUAAACCGUACGAAAGUCGUUGCUGUUAUCGGACCGGAACCGAGCAGCGUGGCUCUGCCCCAAGCUCAGUGCUUCAGUCGCCUCAACUUGCCUCAGGUCUCCUAUGCAGCAUCAAGUCCUGACCUGGACGACAGAUUCCUAUACCCUUUCUUCCUCCGGACGGUCCCCAGUGACGAAGUACAGGCCGAUCUCAUGGUGAAAGUUAUCAAAGCUAUGGGCUGGAAAUAUAUCAACAUCGUAUACACAAAUAACAUUUAUGGGAAAACGGGGAUGAAGAAAAUACAGAUUUUUGCAGAAAAGGAAGGCGUCUGUGUGGCAAAUCCCAUAGCAAUUAACGAAAUUCCGGAGCACAAAGAUUUGCAAAACGUGAUAAAAAUUCUUGGCAUUAACAAAGCCACAGCGGUAGUAUUUUUCGGGACGGGUGACAGUGCUCGUCGGCUGUUACAAACCUUAAGGACAAGUAAUAUCCACAACUUCACAUUCGUUGCCAGUGAGGACUGGGGCGUGAAUAUGAAGCCUAUCGAUGGACUGGAACUUGAGGCAGCUGGGUCUCUGACAGUCACCGUGGACACAUCGAUGGCAGAGAACAACAAGCUCCGGGAGUACCUGCUCAUGAAAGCGCCGUCCAAAACAGACAUCAAUCCAUGGUUCAGCAGAUUUUGGCAAGAUCAAUUCAAAUGCAAUUUACCGUGGUCGUUCAACAAAAAACAUGACGUGGAUUGUGAUCUCUCAGUUCGGAUAGACGAAAAAACCGUUGAGUCAAUGAUUAACGAUCAAAGAAUUGUGCACGCAAUGAACUCGAUUGCGGCCGUUGUGAAUGGGUUAGUAGCAGCCCACUUCGAACUGUGCUCAGACGGGCCACUGGUGGGCUGUGAUAAGUUUCGCUUGUUCCCUGAACGAGUGACUGAGCAUAUUCGAAACACCACACUGUUCAGUGCCGAGAAUGUGCGUUUCCGACCAUUUCGUGAUGAUGGAAAUGGAGACAUUGGAUAUCGCAUUCACAACCUGCAUCGGGGCGACGACGGGAAUUACUACUAUGUUGAGGUUGGAAUAUUUGACAGACAUGGGCUUCGAAUGGAUCUCAAAAGAAUAAAGCUGUACUCGGGAGAUGCGGAUAGAUCCCCGGUUUCGAGCAUUGACACCACCUGUUUGGGUCCGCAUUGCAGCAUGUGUUACGAUUCCAUAUCAGAUUCAAGAAAGUCCGCAGAAUCCACAGAAUGGAAAAGUGUCAUAAUUAUCAUCACGUCGCUGAACUGUCUGGUAGUUCUUGUGAUUUCGGUAGUUCAUCUCCUCUGGUGUUCUAGAUACAGACUCUGCGACAGCACAACAGACAAGGGAAAAUUCGAACAGCCAUCAGCCAGCUUACUUCAAGUUACAGGUCCGUACCCGACAGGUCUUCAGAUCGAAAACCCAAGCCUGUCUACCACGGGGUCCACCAGCUCCGCGAAAAUGUCGUCUGAAGCCGAAGGAUUGUCUUCGUCCUCCUCACAGGGUUUCAGUAUGGGAGACUCCAGAUCUCCGUCCAGAGAGGACAAUGGCUCUGACGAUAUCGAGGACAAGUCUACCAGACACGUAUCCCUGUCAAGACAACGAGUUAGGCCUGAUCUCGGUAACCCUUGUGAGCCGAAUGGCCCAAUUAAUGCCCAGGGUUACACCAGUACAAACACUCCCCGACAUGUUAAUGACAUGAACGGGAGGGAACCCUAUAUUUCAGUGGGGGCUUAUGUGUAAGUUUCUUGCAUUUAGUUUCUUGGAAUUAAUAAUUUGUUGAUUUUAUGACAUGCACAAAACAUAUUGUUCAAACCAAAACUCAAACCACUAGUUUUCCACCACAAUUCCUCUGAUCAUUUACUACCGAGGGCGAGGAGUUACCUCAGUGAUCUGUGGAUAUGGAACUCACAAACUUCUGCAAACAGACCUCUUCCUAACCACGGGCUCACCACAAGCUAUCCUCACACUUCAUAUGCUCACUCAAAAAACAGGCUCCCUGCACGGCAUAACAACUAAGCCUCUGGCUCACCACAAGCUAGCAACAAGCUCUCCACGAACAUGCCCAAUGCGAGGUAGCCAGACUUACAAACUAGCAAUAAGUAAGCUUGUCAUAAACCAGCAAAACCCACACGCAUGCCACUGGUUCACCACAAGCAAGCAGCAAACUCACAAGCAAUUCAAAGGCUCACCAGAAGCAAACCACGGGCACACAACAAGCAAACCACAGGCUCAUCACAAGCUGGCACUCAAUGCAAGCACAUUUUAUUAAAUGCUGACAACUUGCCAGCAUCACAGGCUGUGUCAAUGCUUUCAGUUUGAGACACAUAUCACCAGAAUCAAGGAAAGAUGUCCACUAAUCAUAAAAAAGCAGGCUAGAGCUUAUUCGUUUAUUUGAUCUGAGUUCAACGCCAUAGUCAUGAAUAUUUCACUUAUAUCCUGGUGGUUAGUUUUAAGUGGUGACAGAGCUGUUGCAUAGAGAUCAAACAAGAAAGUCAAUGUACUGUAUCAGUGUAAUUUGUUUUUCUUAUAUGUUUUUACAUUAUGGAGUCAUAUAACAUUUGUAAUACUUUGUGAUACUUUAACAAAAUUCCAACUGAAUAAAGAUCAUUUCUUAUCAUUCUA